CUGUCUGCUUUGAGGGUUGGGGGAGGAUGGGCUUCUCACAGAGCCUCUCUCUCGGGCCUCUUGGCAGUUCCCCCCUCCUUGCCCCUCAUACUUCCACCAGAAGGCAGAGAGCGUAGCAUCUCCCUGAGCCACGUCGCUUGGGGGACACCAUACCCGGCUGAGCUCUCGCCUCCGGCACUGUAACCACAUCCAGAUCCAGGAGAAGUGGCAACAUGCACUAGCUGAUGAGAAUUAAGAGAAGGCUUACAAGGAGAAGCGGAAGCCAGAGAGGUUCCCAUGGAAAUGGAUAUGAUCACCCCAACCCUUUCAGAAAUCAGAGGGGGGACCUCGGAGGCCAGGACUCUGCAGGAAACUGGUGGCAGCCUGGACAGUGGCAGCAGCCCCAGUCCUGUCAGGGAAUCGCCAGCAGCACAAACCGUCUCCUGCCUUUGCACCGGUUACACCCCACGAAACAGCAAAUGUUGCUUGGCGGCCAGCUCCACACGUUGGUGCAUGGGGGUGGCUCAAGUGCCUGCAGGCUGGACUCCGGCACAGAGAGCUCCCUCACUACAUAAAGACCACAGCAGUGCCAUCUUUUCUGGGUUCGCGGGCUUCCUCGCCAUCCUCCUGACCACCAUGAUUUUCUACGGCCUGUGGAACUGGAAUAAAUUGAAGAAGCGACAAGUUCCUUACUUCCGAGUUACCAUCAUGCCCUUACUGACUCUGUCUCGACCCAGACAAGGAGCCAAAAAUAUUUAUGACUCCUUGCCCCAGAGGCAAGAAGACCUGGGGAGACGUCAGUCAAGGAGUAACCGUAUUUUCAGUACCGAGAGCCUCCUCUCCAGACAUUCUGAGAGCCCUCCUUCUGAGCAUGUGCUCUCCCAAGCAGGCAAUGUCCUCUGGGUGCACAGAGACCACUAUCCUGCCAACGGCUAUACAGUGGGCAUCUAUGACAAUGCCACAGGGCUCCAGAUGCGUGGGGACCUCACUCCCUCAGCACACUAUGUCAAUGUCACAGCAACCAGAGACUGCCUGAGCAUUUCUUCAGAGGAUUCCAGAGAUUACAUCAAUGUCCCCACGGCGGGACAGAUUGCUGAGACUCUUCUGGCUUCUGCCAACGCCACCCCCACGAACAGUUUUGCCCCCCCAAGUGCUCAGAAGCUGGAGCUUACUGAGGAAAGAGAGCAGGGCUGUGGGAAUGCCAGUGACCGCACCAGUUUUUGGUCUCCAAGGUCUGAGAGCGAUGAUCCGCCCAGCGAUGAGGAAAGUUCUUCUGAGACCUCAAAUGACUAUGUCAACAUGGCAGGGUUGAAUCUUGAGGCCAUCCGCGGGAAGCAGCCCUGGAUGGUUUCUCAGUGCUACAGAGAUUAUGAAAAUGUCCCAUCGGCACAUGCCAGCGGAAACCGGCAGCGGGCGGAGGAAGAAGUGACGUCCUCAAACACAGACCAUGUCGAAGGCAGGACAGAUGGUCCAGGGACCCACGUCCAGUUUGUCAUGCAGUCAGGGAGGUUCGUGGCUCUAGGGGAUUAUGUGACCUAUCCACCAUCUGCACAGAAGGAGACUAGUCAGAUGAAACAUGGAGAAGAGAGGCCAAAUGAGGCCUCUGAUGACUACGAGAAUGUGUUAGCUGCCAACUUCGGAGACGUGGACCCCAAGGGGCCAGACGCAUAGCUCCUUCCUGAAGAAUUAGGCCCCAGGCACCCAGCUGGAGAGCUAUGGGGUGCCAGAUCCACAGCCACCAGAGGGUCUAGUAAAGACCCUUGAACAUCCUUGUAUUUCAGUGGGUUCGCUCAGGUUAGAGUAGUACAAAGAGGCCGAGAUACACAGGAGUUAAGGAAGUCACAAAAGCCAAGGUCUGGGAAAGCCAGAAAGGAAUUCUUCUGAAGCAGGCUGCUGUUAUCUCUCAUACCAACCUAAGAAUGUUUGCUGAAACUGCCUUAUAGGAUGGUUAGCAGAUUAAAAAUGCGAGAGUACUUUAGUGCACGGUGGAAACGUGAAGUAGCCUAAAAGCGUUACCUUCACAAAUACCAGCAGGCUGCAAAGCAAGAAUGCAGAUUCGUCUGUAAUCCAGGCAGAGGCCAAAAAGAAGGGACAAGUCAGAGUUGGGGUGGGGCAGCAGCUGCCACUUGAAAGAGAGUGUGGACAACCAAAUGCUAGAGAAAGAUGUGGAACACCGGGAAUUGUCAUUCAUUGCAAAGUAUAGUAUCCACUUUGGAAAGCGAUUGGAUAGUUUCUUAAAAGCACGCGUGUAUUAUACAACCCAGCCAUUCCACUACUAGGCGUUUACCCAAGAGAAUUGAAAAUUUGUGUUCAUGCAAAAGCCCAUACGUGACUAUUUAUAGCAGCUUUAUUCAUAAUGCCAAAACUAGAAAUAACUCAGAUGCCCUUCAACAGGUAAAUGGAAAAACAAACUGUGGUAUGUCCACACAACGGGGUUGUCUAUACUCACCAGGAAAAAGGAUUGAACUAUUGGUUCAUGUGACCACAAGGACAAAUCGUAAGUGCAUUUGGCUAAGUGAAAGAUGCUAGACCUAAAAAUCUACGUAUUGUAUGAUUCCAUUUCUAUGGCCUUCUGGAAAAGGCAAAACUAUAUGAGAAGGAAAACAGGUCAGUAGUUGUCAGGUUUGGGGAAAGGAGAGAAGUUUACUAUAAAGGAAUUUUUAGGGUAAUGGGGCUAUUCUGUAUUGGUACUGUGGUGAUGGAUACGUGACUCUAUAAAUCUGUCAAAACACAAAAAAACUAUACAGCCCAACGAGUGACUUUUAUUGUAUGUAUUUUUUUUUUUUUAAUUAACCACGCUGUCAGGGGAAGCCAUGAUGGAAUGCAGAUUAAGACAAAUAAAACCUAACUGUCUUACGAAUGUAUGAUAUAGCCUCACGGAAGGUGGGGCCGAGGGGGAAGGAGCUGACUAAUUAACUUUGGAAAAUAAUGUUUUCACUUGAAACUGUAAGAUAAGGACACACACACACACACAAACCUGUACAUAACACUGUACUCUAGUUGGUAAAUUUGUAUCUCAGAGGAGGACAGGUUAGCAAUUCGGAAACUCUUUAAAUGUAUACUAAGUUUGAACAAAUAAGUAAAUAUAGAUAAGGAGAAGCAGAUUUCUUACUAUCAGAAAAAGAGGACACAAGUACAAGAGGCUACAAUAAACUCUGUGGUGUUGAUGAACUAGAGUUGGAGGCAUAGUUUGAACUCUUGUUUACUUUGAUAUAGGUAUGAAUAGAUACAGAAAUAAAUAUAGAUAUGUAUAGAAAUAGGCUAGUAUACAUAUAUUUCUCAGCUCUGUCCACGGGGACAUCUAGAAGCAAUGGCACCCUGGAAGCAAUGGACACACUGAGCACUCAGGUCUUGGUUUCUAAAUAUCAUUCUCAAUAAAAGGAAACAGAGCUCCUUGGAAAAAUGGCUAGUUCUAGAGCUGGGACUGGGAAAACACAUGGGGAGC